AUGACUAACUCUGGCCUACUCACAGUGCACUCGAGCCUAUGCCGAAUAAGCUAUCCCUGGCACAACGCCCCUGCAGAUGGCAUCUGUGCACUCAGGACAUCCACCCCGCCCGGCGUGACCCAAGCUUUGGACCACAACACCCCUCCUCGCAGUACGCAGCCAGCGACCAUCGAUCAACCCUCCCCCCCUCUCCACACACUCCUGCCUCCUUGGCCUCCUUGCGAUGCACUACUGGUGGCGCAGGGGGGCAUGGGAGGAACGGGAUCCAGGGUCGCAUGCUCCGGGCUCUCCGAGGCAUCGAGUGUCCUGAAGCCCGCAGACUGCAAAGCUGCCUUAGUCGUGCCCUGCCUUCUGACGGGCUCCGAACACACACCACGGUCACAGAACAAUCACACCCAGCGCUCCCAGACCCCCGCCAGUGCACAGGCCACUCACACUAUGCAACUUCGUCCUUCCUUUCUUUUCACCUCUCCGCACACACACAGUCUCCCAUAUAAUAGCCUGGCGCUGUUAACCCCCUGUCUUUUGACAAGACAGCUCCCCCCUCCUCAUCCUCCUCCUAAUCUCCUCCCCCCCGUCUGUGACGGUCCAACGACCCCCGACACUCUUUUCUGUGGUGCAGGCUCACCCAGUAACGACGACAACCUCCCCCUCCCUCUCACGACUUACAACGACUCGGCGUACCUUGUCAUACCCAGCGAGGCCCGACACUCUCUCAACCUUUCUCUGAUAUUCCUAGCUCAACAAGCUCGCCGACACCUUUCGGCUCCUCUCACGAUGCGCCUUCACUUUGCCUCUCUUGUCGCCCUGGCGGUAUCGGCCCAGGCCGCCUGGAUUCCCAUCACUCCUCGCUCCGAGGCCCGCCACCUGGCCAACCAGGCCGUGGGGCAGGCCGGCGAGGCUCGUGCUUUCCAUGCUCACCACGUCAUGCCCCGCUCUGGUAGCGGUCAUGCCGGGGCCGGGCUCAGGAAGGUCCGUCGUCUCAAGCGGGGACGAACCUGCAAGCCGCGGCCAUCCAGUGGCAGCGCUUACGCUUCCCCUACCGCCACUCCCGCUCCCCACUCUUCCCUUGUCGACACGGGCAAGGAACACUCCCACAAGUCCAAGACGAAGAGCGAGGGUGGCUACGACGACGGCAUGUGGCACUCUUCCUCGAAGACGGAUGACUGGGACUCCUGGAUGUCCACCACCGAGGAGGGCAGCCCUAAGCCUACCUCCACCGGUGAUGAGUGGUCUGGAUCCAGCUCAUCUGCGUCCCACUCUGCUUCGGCUUCGGCCUCUGCGAGCGAGGGCGGCGAUGAUUGGUCUUCCAGUGCGACUGAGUCUGCUUCUGCAAAGCCCUCAGAGACUGGCUCCGGGGGUAGCGACGGCAACAGCAACAACUCUUCGCACUCGGGUGGCAACAACAACCAGACUCCCGGCAACGGCGAUGGCGGCCUGUUCCCCGUCGAGGGCAUCAAGCUGUUCACCACUGCGAAGAAGUCCACGUCUGCUCCUGGCUUCCAGCUGAACGGCGAGACGCCCUCUGAGGACUACGACCCUAAGACUUUCGACGACAUUCCCGUUCUCAAGAUGCAGAAGGGUGGCAUUGCCAAGUCCACCGACCCCACCGACCCGUCGAUCGAGGUCCAGAUGGCCAAGUACCCUGCGGGUCAGAUCGGCGGUUCCAGUGGAUGGUGGUACUACAGCAAGUCGGACGUUGGCAACGGAAUCGACCUUAGCAAGGCCUCCGAUGUCACGUUCUCCUACCGCGUCUUCUUCCCCGAAGACUUUGACUGGACCGAGGGCGGCAAGCUUCCCGGACUCUACGGCGGCACGUCCCAGGAGACCACCAGCUGCUCUGGCGGUAACCACGACUCGGACUGCUUCUCCGCGCGCUUGAUGUGGCGCAAGGACGGUGCCGGCGAGGUUUACAACUACUUCCAGGACAAGAACAACUACUGUGACGAGCCGAACACCUCGUGCUCUAUCGGAGGCUACGGUGACUCGGUCAAGCGCGGUGCUUUCCACUUCCAGAAGGGACAGUGGAACACUGUCGCUCAGCGUCUGAUUCUCAACAGCGUUUCUGGCGGCCAGGCCCAGCGCGACGGCACCCAGGAGCUCUACGUCAACGGCGAGAAGGUCAUCACCAACGAGAACAUCAUCAUCCGCCACUCUGAGGACUCUCGCAUCUAUGGCCUCAUGCUCUCUACCUUCUUCGGCGGUAGCUCGGACAAGUACAGGCCGCCCAAGGACGAGGAGUCCUGGUUCAAGGACUGGACUGUUAUUGUUAGCAAGGAAUUCUAA